UAUCUCAGCAUGGAUGAUCAAGGGUGUCCAAGAUGUAAAACAACUAAAUACAGAAAUCCUUCAUUGAAAUUGCUUGUUAAUAUCUGUGGACACUCAUUAUGUGAGAGUUGUGUAGAUUUGCUCUUCAUUAAAGGUUCUGGGGCUUGUCCUGAAUGUGGUACAGCAUUAAGAAGAAGUAAUUUCAGACUACAACUCUUUGAAGAUCCUUAUAUAGAAAAGGAAGUAGACAUUCGAAAAAAGAUUUUGAGAGACUUCAACAAAAAGGAAGAUGAUUUUAAUAACCUGAAUGACUAUAAUGAUUACUUAGAGAUGAUUGAAACUAUUGUAUUUAAUUUAGCCAAUAAUAUAGAUGUUGAAGAGACAAGGAAAAUGAUAGAUCAAUAUAAGAAAGAAAAUAAAGAGCAAAUUAGUAAAGGAAGAGCAAAAAUGAGCAAAGAUGAAGAGUAUUUAGAGAUGUUGAUUGGCCAAGAAAAACAAGAUUCAGAAAUCAGAAGACAGAUAGAAGAAGAGGAUGAAAAAAGACAGAAAAACAAUAAGUUAAAAAAUAAAGAGGCUUUGAUUGAUGAAUUGAUGUUUUCUGACAUGUCAGCCAAAGACAUUAUUGCCAUUCACAAGCAUGAUCAAGAAAAAGAAGAUACAGAAAUGGAAUCUAGUCUACCUCAACAACCUGCCACCCAGUUCUCUACUGGAAUUAGACUGGGUGCUCAAAAUGCAUUUUUACCUGUGCCGGAUGAAAAAAUAGAAAUUUACAAAUACUCUCCUAUACAUGUAGACUUGUGUGGUCCAGAACUCCAAGAAGAAGAAAUAUUAAUAUCACUUGGAUAUCUACGCAAUGUGAGAGCAACAUCAGAUUCAGAGAAGGCUGGUGGUUUUGAUACUAAAUUUUCCUGCCAAAGAGCAUUACAGGAUGCAUUCUGUGGACUCUUCUAUUUCCCUGUAGCUCCUCAGAUGGACCAAAGUUGAUAGAGGAUCCAUCUAUCACAAACAAAUUGAAAUGCACUGUUGGACAGUUCACAACGUCCAAAUUGUCAAAGAAUGAUUACAUGUGAUUGAUAAGUAAAUUAUAGACCAUCUGAGUGUUAUAUACUGAUCAUCAGCAAAAUCUGGAAGUGGUAAAUCCUUAUACAGAAAAAGUUUUGGUUUUGUUCACUUGUUUGCCAAAUCCUAGAUUGGUAAAAUCUACCAGAGUUCAGUAAAGAUGAGGAGUGGAAAUGAAACUGAUGAAUUAGACAGUCUGGUAUUAAUACUCAUUGUCAUGAGAAUCUGUCUUAAAUUUUACAGAGAUAUAACACGAUUGAUUGAUAGUUUUAUUGAUUGAUUGUUGCUGAGCAUCUGGUCGCUUCAGCUCUUAACAGCUAUAUGAUGAUGAGCAGAGAUAUUACAUGAUUGUAGGCUUAAAAUGAUGUAUUUUUUUCUGAUUAGUAAGGCUGCCAAGUUGCAAAUAACAAAGUGAAAAAAAUGUAUACCAAAAUGUGUAUGUAUUGUAUUCAGUUUAAUUUUCUAUCUAAAAUAAAUCACAGGUUAUACAGAAAAUAGAAGGUAGCUAAAUCUUCAUACAAUUAAAAAGAAAUUGAAAACUUU